AUGCGCACAGGAAAGGGUCGCUCUGAAGGGCAAGCCUUCCACCGCCGCCUUCUUUCGGAGUACAAUACAGAUUUCACGCUCAACAAUUAUGUCGCUUACUUUGAACUGAAGCCAAUCGCGAAGGAGUUGGAACAACUGUGCAAAGAAAUCGAACGAGUUCGUGAGAUUGAAGCGAGAGCGGCCGCGGCGGACACAAGCACUGCUUCGGAAACUGAAGACGUCUUCGCUAACCAACCGGAGGCUAUGAAAUUGCCACAAACAGGGGGGAGUUCCCUUAGCCCUAAACGCUCUUUGGAUGAACUUCUGAAAAGACGUUCCGAACUGGAGGUGAAAUUCUUCAAAGAUAUCCAGCUGUCGUUCACAAAGGUUAAGCAAUACCAACAGUGUCUCGAGGCGGAUCUCCUGGCAGGUGUGGAAGAACUAAAGAAUAUGAGUGAAGAGGAGAUCCGGGCACGCCCCGAGGAACACAUCCCGAAGCUCUACGUGAAAACUCAGGCCAUAUUGCAAUACAGGGCUCUGAAUCUGGCCGCUUUGCGUAAAAUACUGAAGAAGUUCAUGCAGCGCUGCGCCCGUGACAGUCUGGAGCUACAAAAGCAUCUGCUGAUGGUUGAUAAGGUUAUCAGCUGUAGUACAAUAUCGCAGCCGGCAAAUGACCUGCGACGUGUUGCCCUCGACCUCAUUGCAUUUUACGGCACCGUCUUUCGCCUAACAUAUGAAGAGACAGUAGAGGUCCUUACACGAUAUGAGCACCGAGCGGGGGUAAAUGUCCGCCGCAUUCUCCCGCACAGCGACACUUUCUUCUUCACACUUCGGCUCCCACACCAGGAGAGACACGGUGAUUUUGCCGUCUGCAUUCUUCCAGGAAGUACAAGCCUCUUUUGCGAGAAGAUGAUAUGCGAAGUGCUUCAAUGCAACCGUUACCCACCGUGUUGCGGUCAAUAUCCAAAUGGAGAAGUGAACGUGGUGCUCCCACGUUCCGUUCGCGGCGACGAUUUGUUUGUGCUUCAGUCACUGGUGAGGUGCGAUCGUGUGGGUCUGUCCCACUCCGGUACUUUAAUGGAACUUGCUCUCAUGAUACAUGCGGCAAGAGCAAGUUCUGCGGCGCGUAUUACGGCUGUUAUUCCCUAUAUUUCCUUUACUGAAAGUGUUUCUUCCAUGGCUGCAGUGGCGGAGAUAUUGGAGAGUAUGGGCUGCCAACACGUAAUAACUGUUGACAUGCCCAUCGAUCAGGUAGAAGGAAUGUUUUCCGUUCCACUUGAGCUGAUAUCAGCGCGGUAUGAGUUCGUUCAGUACAUUGCGAACCAGCUGACCGCUGAAGGGCACGACUUCAGGAAUAUUACCGUCGUGGCACCCAAUGGAGCCGGUGUUCAUCGUGCAAAGAAUUUCGCAGACGCGCUAAUGCAGUACAAAAAACUCUCCCCCGAUGAGCAGUUCGUUCCACUGUGCACAGCGGUAAGGCGCCAGGUUUAUCGGGGGCUGCAGGAUACUGUGCUCAACAUAAACCAUUGCGGUGCGAAUGUAGGGAGCACACGCGCCUUCGAGCAGGCGCUACUGCAGCAGGAGCAGGGAAUUUGCGCCAUCCAAGAUGAUGGCGAUACCACGAUCACCUCUGAAGGCAUUGACCUUGUUGGAGAUGUACAAGGGAAACUGUGCAUUGUUGUAGAUACCUCUGUUGACGAAGCUACUGAAAUAUGUCAAACUGCCUGCAAGUUGCGGGAGGAAGGUGCCAGUCGUAUCAUACUUAUCGCAACGCACUUCAUCAUAUCAGGUCGCGCGGUUGAGCGGCUCAUAGAAAGUCCUAUCGAUCUUAUUGUGGUUACGGAUAGCGUAGAGCACGACGAGGUCUUUAAAAAUCCUCACAUCGCCAGGAGGCUGCGCGUGUUGCCUAUUGCUCCGUUGCUUGCACGUGCCAUUGAGAAACUUCAUACAGAAAAUUCUCUCACCACGCUCUUUGAAAAGUAA